AUGCCACAAGCUUUUCUUGCACCAAGUAUUACACCGGGAAAUGCACAGCCGUCGGAAUACAAUUUACGCGAAUUUGUGCCUACACAAACUAGUAAUGGGACGGUUGGGAAUGAGAGAACAAUUACUCUCGAUCGCUCUGCAAAUCUCCAACCAAGCUUGCCGAGGCGCAGAAGCCGCUACUUUCUUCAGAGAUCUGAGAAUCAGAUGAUCCCGAAAUUCAUUCCAAACCCGACUGGCCCUUGUGACCCUCUUCAACGUUGGCGGAACUCUCCACCCGAGGAUGAGCCAGCGUCUAUAUCUGCUAUCGCUGAUGCGCUCAAUAACUCGGAAAAUAUCGGAGGUCGAAUCUCUGAGGGCAAAGACCGGCCUGCGCAAGGACAGGAUUCUCCUUUCCACAGCUACCGCCGGCCGGCUUCACUAGUCAGCUCCAAUAGUGGCUCCAGCGCCUCAUCUUGGCAAUCUGUUACGUCAACAAGAUCUGCAACAGCACAGGAUCCACUAGCACCUCAAGAUCUUGGUGGCCCUCGCCGUGUCCAUAAGAACAGACGGACUCAAAAGAAGCCAGAUGAUGCUAGCAAGCGCAUCUUUUGUUGUACGUUUUGUUGCGACAGAUUCAAGAACAAGUACGAUUGGGUCCGUCAUGAGAAAUCACUUCAUCUUAAUCUGGAGGGUUGGGUCUGCGCACCGCACGGUGUUGCUCCGAUUUCACCUUUAACUGGUCGAAGACAAUGUGCCUAUUGUCUUUGCUUAGAACCAUCGGCCCAACAUCUCAAAGAGCACAAAUCUCAGCCUUGUUCCGAAGGGACCCGCACGUUUCGCCGAAAAGACCACCUCGUCCAACACCUUCGACAGUACCAUAGUCUUAAUGCAAUCCCGUUGAUUGAAGACUGGAGAGAAAUUUCUCCCAUUGUGACAUCUCGUUGCGGCUUUUGUGACCACAGGCUUACCACUUGGGAUGAGCGUUCUGAGCAUCUGGCCUCACAUUUUCGUGAAGGGUUGACAAUGAACGAAUGGCGAGGGGAUCACGAUUUUUCGCCCUUAGUUGCAUCUAAAAUCACCAACGCCUUACCUGUGUAUCUGAUUGGAUCAUAA